AUGUCGAGACACCCGCCAUCGCUCCCCAUGUCUCAGAUCAUCGCAAGCGACGCCCCUUUACUUUCUCCCAUGUCGCCCAGUGAUGCCCAGUGGGACCACCAGCAGUCUCCAUAUUCACCAACCCACCAUGGCGCAUUUGCAUUCAACUACUACGCGUUACCACCCUCUCCCCCAAAUUCAGUUGGCUCGAAUAGCACAGACUCCCCGAUACCCACUUCCAGAAUGCUUAAAAUGCGCAUGACUCCAGAAUCCAGUUCUGAUGGUGACCAGCAGCUCUGUCUGCCCACCCAUCAGCUGUUCGACUUUCCUGAAACACUUGAUGCUCCGUCGCCACUGUCCCCUUCAGAGUCCUCUUCUGAACCGCCUAGCUCGUCAGUGUCCAUCAACACCGGAACAGCUCCUGCCAAACGGGCUUGUACACCCGCAGCCAGCGUCACGAAGAAACCCCGGGCAUCUGGAGAGCGUAUCAAUAGCAAGGAUUUCAUUCCUCCCGACGUUUCCGGCCUCAGCAAACGCGAGGCGCGUCUCGUAAAAAACCGCGCCGCCGCCUUCCUGAGUCGGCAAAGAAAGCGAGAAGAAUUCGAGACCAUGGAAGUUCGCGUAAACGAACUAGAGCAGGAAAACGCUAGAUUGCAAGCUCUUUCCCAAAGUGGAAGUGGCUAUGAGGACCUCCUUUCGGAAAUCGAACAACUCCGGUCUCGCCUCUCCGACGCUGAAGAACGUGAAAGGGAAUUGAGCGCCGAACUCGCCCAGAAAUCAGUCCAAGCUGUGCCUGUGAAGGUUGAACAUUACGAGCAAUCAGUGCCUCCCACCUCAUCUGCUCGGUCCGUACCCAUGUCUUCGCCACACAAGUCUGGUGCUAGCCUAGGCCUUAUGGUUCUCCUCUGCGCCCUGCCCACUCUUCUUUCCAUGCCAAUGCACACCACUCUUCCCACAACGUUCUCCUUCCCGCUCUCAGGUUCUUCUACUGUUCCAGUUUCCUCGUCUGCUUUCGAUUACAACGCUGUUAUUCCUAAUGAGUACGACUGGUCGCUUCACCCAAAUGGUGCCGGUUUCAUGGACCUCGACAUCGAUGAUAAUGGCAGGCUUACUACUGGCAACCCCUCUUCUACCCCCGCUCCUCGCAAGUUGGAAUUUGCUGACAUUGACUCCGAGGCCCUCAGUGCUCUCGGAGGCCUUGAUAUCUCCUUCGACGCUUCUCCCACCGAUAGCGGCAAAAUUCGUGUCCGGAUUCACUCUUCCACUUCUGAUCCUACGCCGACGACCUCGCAGCUUCCGCACGCCAGUAGCACUGAUGAACGCUCACCAACUUCAUCUUCGUCGCUCGCAAUGUGGGCAGGCCCAGAAUCGGACUCUACCUUUGGUUCCUCUUUCUCCUCGUCGUACUAUGCCAACCCGGUAUCGCCGGUCCAGGCACACCCACCGCCGCCAUCUGCCACAACAACGUCAGGGGAGUACGACCAAUUGGGCCCUUUCCUUGGAGUAGGUACUAGUCAUUCCGACUACGACUUAGGCAUGAAUUACGGGUCUGAUGCGUCGUCAAUGGCAAGCCCUAUGGCUAUGUAUCAAAGCGGGGACCCAACAGGUUAUGGCAAUACUCAAGCGCCCGACUCAAUCUUUGGAUACAUGCAAGAAGCGCGCAACGAGGGCGCUUCGAGUCCUAUUGGCAAGCGCCGGGUGAGGAUAGCGCUAAAAAGUAUGCCUACCGCUGGCGGCGAAGGCGGCGAAUGGGAAGUGCAAGUUUGCUGA